AUGAGCCUAUUCGACAUCUUCUUGAAACGCGGCCAACAGAACUUCAGGAAAAAGAACCACUAUCGCAAACGUGAGCUCAGAGACGUUGACGACAACAUGGGUUUAUUCAAAAGCAGUGUGCCACCUCCGUUGAUCAGGCAGGAAGAUGGCUCCAUGAUACCGCCAGGAGGUGGUCACUCCUUCCACCGAGUCGAUGCUCCGCAUCGCAGAUCGCGACACUCAAGGGGCGUACAGAGUAAUCACCCAGGAUCAAUGAUGCUAGAUAAAGCGAAAGAGGCAUUUGUUGACGGUGAUGGUGGGCCGUCUCAUCGAUUAGGGCGAACAGGCCAGCGUGGAUCUUCGAGGCAUUUCUCGCAGCAUCAUGCCGAACCAUCCUAUCAUUAUGGACAUACUGGUCAGCGUGAACCAUCAUAUCAUUUGGGAUAUAGCAAUCAGCAUGGACAACAUCCAUUAGGUGGGAUGUCGCAACCACGUCAUGACUUCCAACACUGGUCCCAGCAAGCCAAUCCUUCUGGACAAGUCGGUCAGCGCGACUGGGCUAAUCCAGCGUCUGGUGAUCCAGCUCUUUCAAAAUUGCCGUUCGAACAACCGUAUCAGCAUAGCCAGCGCGCCCGCUCACCCCAUCAACCCCGACAACUCCAUCAGCCUAGCCAGCGCGCCCCUCCAAACCAACAACCCCAACACCAAGCUCCCGCUCCGCGCCCCGGCAAAUUCCGCGAAGGCGACCGUCUCCCCGCUGGCGUUAUAGACCCGCUUGCGACUGUCUCUCCGAACUACCCGCUUGGUCAUCAUGGCAUGAGGCAGCAUGUCGCAGGUAUGACGCAGAUGAAUCCGGAGAGACAUGGUAAGGCGGAUGAUCCGAUGGCGAAUUUCAAGGUGUUGGAGGAUAUGGCGGCGUUAGGGGACAAGCGUCACAUGAUCAAGACCUAUCUCAUUACUUCCUCAUUCCACACCCACAUCGUACAAGCAAAUCGGCAUAAUGUAUCGAGAUCAUACACCGGUAUUCGAAGACUCGUCUCCGAGCAACAGUCGCAGUCGUAG